AUGGCGGACUCGGUUGCCGAAAGUACGAAUGCAAGCGCUGCGACUGCGGCGGCUGCCGCAACAAAUUGGGUGCAAAAAACGGAAGACCAGGAGAUUUCGAAUCUGGUAGAUGGAUUAAUUAUCGGAAACAAGGACAAAGGAAGUGGCGACGGUAAACAGGAAGCGUCCACAGCGAAGUCAGAGCAUGCCGAGAAUGCCGUAAAUGGUUCUACAGUAGCGGCUGGAACUGCCGGCCCAGCUGCAGGGUCGGAAGAAAUCGAAACUGUGAAUCCGGCCGAUGCAAGUUUGCUAAUGAAAAUCAUUCGCAAAGGUUUGGUCGAAUCCAAACUGGACCUGGAGGUGCAGCGCAAAGAUCCAUCCUCGCCACUACAUUCCGUCAAAUCGUUCGAGGCUUUGCACCUUAAACCGGAGCUGCUGCAGGGUGUGUAUGCGAUGGGAUUCAACGCCCCGUCGAAGAUUCAAGAAACAGCCCUGCCGACACUGUUGGCCGAUCCGCCCCAGAAUAUGAUCGCCCAAAGCCAGUCCGGAACGGGCAAAACGGCCGCCUUUGUGCUGGCAAUGUUGAGCCGUGUUGAUCCACGCAAACCCUAUCCGCAGGUCAUCUGUCUCUCGCCGACGUACGAACUUGCGAUCCAGACGGGGGAAGUUGCGGCUAAGAUGGCAAAGUUUUGCAAGGAAAUUAAGCUUCGGUUUGCCGUCCGUGGCGAGGAACUGCCCAAAGGGAAGAAGAUUACCGAUCACAUCAUCAUCGGUACGCCGGGUAAACUGAUGGACUGGGGCAUCAAGUUCCGUGCGUUUGAUCUGCGAAAGAUUUCCGUGUUUGUGCUGGAUGAGGCGGAUGUGAUGAUCGCUACCCAGGGACAUCAGGAUCAAUGCAUCCGCAUCCACAAACAGCUGUCGUCCUCCUGCCAGAUGAUGUUCUUUUCGGCUACCUACGAAAAGGAGGUGAUGGACUUUGCUGAGUACAUCGUGCCGAAUCCGAUCAUUAUACGGCUGGCCCGGGAGCAGGAAUCGCUUGACAACAUCAAGCAGUACUACGUUAAGUGUAAGAACCAGGACGAAAAGUAUCAGGCCAUUUCAAACAUCUACGGUGUGAUAACGGUUGGCCAAGCUAUUAUCUUCUGUCAUACUCGAAAAACCGCUGGUUGGUUGUCUGGUAAGAUGACCCAGGAUGGACACUCUGUGGCAGUGCUGUCCGGUGAGCUUACGGUCGAGCAACGGUUGGCCGUACUGGACCGAUUCCGUGCAGGGCUGGAAAAAGUGCUCAUCACUACGAACGUGUUAUCCAGAGGAAUCGAUGUCGAACAGGUAACGAUUGUGGUGAACUUUGACCUGCCGAUGGAUCAGAAUGGUCGGGCUGAUUGUGAAACUUACCUACACCGAAUUGGUCGCACGGGUCGUUUUGGCAAAAACGGUAUCGCCAUCAAUCUUGUCGACAGCGACCACAGCAUGGACAUUUGCCGAACCAUUGAAGCACACUUCCAGAAAAAGAUUCAACUUCUGGAUGCUGAGAAUUCGGACGAAAUCGAAAAGAUUGGCUCCUAG